GCGAACAGCUGAGCAAACAGCUCUGGCAGGAGGCAGAGAGCAGAGCGGAGAGGGAAAGAGGGAAGCUGGGAUGAUGGACUUUUCAUCUCGGCGCAGUGCUGGUGACCGGCUGCCACGUUGGAUAUGCAUCAGCCCUGAAUCUGAGAGGAUGGGUACCAGUGGAGAUCCCUCUCCUCAACCAAAACAGAAGGUGCCAGCAGCUGACCUCAGCUACAAGACUGAAAUCAGCAGCCUCAUGGACUUCAACUCUCCAGAUGCUUCCCUCGACAAAGUGCUCCUUCGUGAGGAAGUGGCCCAGCUCCAGGAGGAGGUGCACCUGCUGCGGCAGAUGAAGGACAUGUUGAGUAAAGACCUGGAGGAGACUCAAGGAGGCUGUUCGGCUGAUGUGCUCUCUGCCACUGAGCUCCGUGUGCAGCUGACUCAAAAGGAACAGGAGCUGGACCGAGCCAAGGAGGCUCUGCAAGCCAUGAAGUCAGACCGUAAGCGCCUGAAGGCAGAGAAAGCGGACCUGGUGAACCAGAUGCAGCAGCUUUAUGCCACACUGGAGAGCCGGGAGGAGCAGCUCCGUGACUUCAUACGCAACUAUGAGCAGCACAGAAAAGAGAGCGAGGAUGCGGUGAAGGCACUUGCCAAGGAGAAGGACCUGCUGGAGAGAGAGAAGUGGGACUUGCGGCGGCAGACCAAGGAGGCCACCGAGCAUACGGUGGUGCUGCGCUCGCAGCUCGACCUCAAGGAGAAUCGCAUCAAGGAGCUGGAAGCUGAACUGGCCAUGAUGAGUAACUCUGUCAAUCAGAGAAUGGAGUUCCGGGUGUUUGAGCGGCUUGCAGAGAGGGACUACUCAUCUAGGUUCAUGGCGGCCAAACAGUCACUAGCCACCCUGACCAAGGACGUGCCCAAGCGCCACUCUCUGGCCAUGCCCACGGAGGCGGUUGUCAACGGCAACAGCCAGGAGUGGGUGAUGCAUGCGGACCUUCCCCUGACUGCUGCCAUCAGACAGAGUCAGCAGACGCUUUAUGUCCACCCUGGUCAUCCCACUGACCGACAAGUGGCUGCUGUGCGGGUGAGCCCGUGCCACUCGCGUCAGCCCUCCAUCAUCUCCGACGCCUCAGCAUUGGAGGGAGACCGGUCAUCCACACCCAGUGACAUCAACUCACCACGCCAUCGGACUCACUCCCUCUGCAAUUCCCUAGAAGAUUUGGAGGAGGCGAAGCGUAAGAAGAAGAAAGAGAAGAUGGGCCUGGGCUCUCUGUCGCGCGUCUUUGCCCGGGGAAAACAGCGCAAGUCUCUUGACCCCGGUUUGUUUGAUGGUACAUCAACGCCUGAUUAUUACAUUGAGGAAGAUGCAGACUGGUAAAGCACACAUGCUCGGGCGAACGCCCCGCGGAGCCAUUCUGGCAAUUGUUAGAAGACAGGAUUGUGUCCAAGCGCUUGUGUGCGAGAUGAUGGAUGUGCAUUUGAUGUCACUGUGUACAGAUAUACUGAUGUGCGUGCCUGUGCAGUCUCACAUCUGUGCAUAUUUAUGCGCGCGUGUGUGUGAGAGAGUGUGUGCAUGUGUGUGUGUGUGUGAGGCCAUGUCAGGAGGCGGAGGCGUGUCUGACUUUGCUGAAGUGUAAAACUUAACAAGCGGAUUGCACCUGUGUGUAAAUAGAGUGAACCGUGUGACACAGCGGCCACGUGGAUGUGUUCUGUUGUAUCUGCCCUCCAAAAUGACUGUGUUGUCACACCUUUUAAUGAUUCUGAAAACUGUUUUCGACCCGAAAACUUGAAGGACUGCUGUACGUGUAAAUAACAACAGUUGAUGUGCACUUUGUGCUUGUAAAUGUCUCCUUGUCCUGAAUGCCUUUUGUUGUUUUUGACAUGUUCUCCCCUCCUCUCACUACCUUUUAACUUAAACUCCUCCCUGUUUAUUGUCCUGCUUGGUCCCUCCCCCUCCUCCUCCCCCUCCCCCUCCCCUCCCUCCACACUGCCAUGACGAGAACAGUUUCCUGUAGGCUACAUGCAGACUCCUCAAAUCCACAGCCGAUGCCGUUGCACAACUCAUGCGUCGGCUGUCCAGAAAACUGUGCAGAGGCGCUGCUUCAUGUUUUCUCAAAUGAGACCUCAAAAGACGUUGCUAAGCAAAGAAUGAACUUUCUAUGCAGAACAGUUUGUUCCCCAGCAACGUGGCGCCAAACAGGAAAUGAAAAGAAAUGUCUUUUUCUAUCUGUAAUGAUAGAAUGUUCAUGACAAAAGGUACAUGUGUGACAUGCAUGCAAAUAACCCCAGUCCCUACAUGCUUGUUAAAGGAAACCCUGUUAAAGACAAAUGUCUUUCUGUGGGUAUGCUGUUGAGACGGAGAUUAACUGUCUUAACUGUCUAAAACAAACAAAAGAGAGGUCAGUUACUGAUUUCACUGUGUUAAUCUAUGGUUUCCUCUGAUUUAAAUGACGCGAUUCUCUCUGCUUUUCACAUAGUUCUGUGAUCUGAGCAUAACAUCCCAAACAUGAUGCGCUUUAAUUUGCACCUACAUGCCUUCUUCAUGCUAAAUUACAUUUGAUGUGGUAAAGGUCAACAGUCACAGAGGAAACCAAACGCUACACUUUGAAUGAUGAAAUAAUUACUCCACUGAUUCAUGGAGCUUUAUUCCAUUUUCUCUCUGUAAGAUCUAAAAUUAGCUUCCAGCGAUCUUUUUUUAAUAUAUAUACUUAAAAAGACUGUGGAGAGCAGAAAUGUUCUGGGAGAAGCUACUAUAAAAGACAAAGUCAUUUUGUCUCAGCACAGUAAAUAUCAGCUACUAUACCAACGAGAAAUAAUUAUUAGACUAAACCUCAGGAACUGGGCCAGAAAAUCACACUUGUGUCAAUUCUGAGGCCUGAUUACGGAGCAGAAUGUUCAUUGAACCACUCUGACAAUAACAAGUGCCAGUUUAAGCCAUUGCUACAAAAAGCAAUUAACUUCGUGCCAAAGGUUAAUAGCAUUUCUUUGAGCGAAGGAAUGACUAAAGACAUUGGAUUUUUUUUUCUUUUUAAUCCAUGCAAUGGAUUGAGCUGGAGUCUGCACUGACCCGCAGGAAGUCUGAACUCUCCCUGAUAUUAAACUAACAGUGGGUAUUUGUCAGUUUCACCUGAAACGCUAUAGACUCACAGAUUACAUUGGAGCUGUAUUUAACCACAAUGCUUGUCGAGACAGUGCACAUGUAAGCAGUGUGGAGAUCGUUAUUAUUUAACCCUUUGCUCAGCCCAAAAUCUGGGUUUGCAGGUUUAGAAGUGAACCACUGAGAUUAUUUAGAGAUUAGUCAUGAUGUAUUUAAUUGUAUGUAUAAGAACAAUAGCUCAGCCAGUUUAUCUCAUUACACAUUCAGUGAAAUGUAUGAAAAUCAAGACUAUUUUUUAUUUUUUCAUGUAAUCAAACGUAUGUCCCCGUGCUGAUGGGGGAAAAAAACAUAUCAAAUGAAAACUGUUGUAUCAUUUUAGGUCUUGAGCCACAGUCUCUUUGUUUGGUUCCUUUUUUUUAUUAUGUUCCACAGAUAUUUUCCUUUUUGUAAAUGAGAUAACAUCACAGAAAUGAAAUUAAUAUUAUUAUUAAAGAGUUUUAUUUAAAGUCAAAAGAUGUAGGCCUCAUUGGAGGACUUCUAUAUCUAUCCUGAGAUGUUUAGCAGUGGCUCGUAGCAAACCAUUCAAGGCAUGGCAACAAAAUCACCUUCACAAGAACUUAAUGAAAAGGAUAAAAUUAUUUUAAAAUAAAAUAAGUAAUGUUGAAUUUC